UCCCUAUUACUUAAAAUCAUUAAUACCAUUUUCAUAACUGGCACUGUUCCCGACUCUUGGUUAAUUCAAAUUAUAAUACCUAUUUUAAAACCUGGUAAAGACCCCCAGGACUAUUCCUCCUACAGACCCAUAGCCCUCUCUAAUGUCCUUGCCAAGAUUAUGGAACUAUUAGUCAAAAACAGGUUGGAGUGGCUUCUUGAAAACCGCAAUAUACUGUCUAAUACCCAAUUUGGAUUCAGAAGAGGUAAAGGUUGCUUGGACAGCUUAAGCAUUCUUACCUCCGAAAUUCGCAUAGCUUUUACAAAAAAUGAAAAUGUAUUAGGUGUCUUUUUAGACAUUUCAUCUGCAUAUGAUAGUGUUUCGCUUCCCUUACUCAGGCAGAAAAUGCUUCAGCUGAGUAUUCCCGAGAGGCUAAUCAAUUUUAUCUGCAGCUUGUUAAUGUCUCGAUCAAUUUCUGUCCGUCAUUGCAACACUCUCCUCCCUUCCCGGUCAGUAUGGAAAGGACUUCCUCAGGGUUCUGUCCUGAGCCCCCUGUUAUAUAAUAUCUACACCUUUGACUUAGACUGUUCCGUAAAUCAAUUUUGCAAAAUUUUACAAUAUGCUGACGAUAUUGCUCUGUACUCCACCUCCCCAUCUAUAAACGUCGCUACUAUUUGUAUAAACACUGCCUUACAUCAUUUAAAUGAAUAUCUUUUGUCCCACAAUCUCUCCCUUUCCAUUACAAAAUGCAGCGCAGUGUUAUUUUCCCGUAAACGAAAUGUGCCUUCAGUUGCAGUUCGUGUAAAUAAUACUCCUAUUAAUCGGUAUGAUUCGGUGAAAUUCUUGGGUGUCACUCUUGAUUCCAAACUUUCCGGAAGACAGCAUUUAGAACAUGUAAUUAAAAAAUGCGAAAAGGGCGUAAACAUUUUAAGAGCACUUACCGGGGUUCGUUGGGGCUCUCAUCCUGCCACUCUGAAACUUCUCUAUGAUGCGGUUAUUCGUAGUCACUUUGAUUACGGUGGUUUCCUUCUUGAUCCCUGUAAGAAAAUCGCUUUAUCCAAAUUAGAUAAGAUUCAAUCUAGAUGUCUCAGACUAAUAACUGGUGCUAUGAGAUGUUCUCCAGUUAAUGCUCUCCAAGUGGAAUGUCUAGAUCCCCCCUUAUACCUUCGUAGACAAUUCCUAUCUGAUAGAUUUUUUUGCGGUGUAGUCCAAAUUAAAUCCCACCCCCUCCUUCGCUUAUUAAAGACUCUCUCUCAAACUAUUCCAACAGCUAACUAUUGGUCCCACAAAGACCCUCCCUUACUCAUUAAUUCUUUUAACAAAUAUACAUCUCACUCUUCCCCAAUAGAACAGAGUGUUCUCUUCCCCAUUUAUGAGACCCAGUUUGAUGCUCUUAUUUUCUGCCCUAGGAUUAUUCUAAAUUUUGGAGUUGACAAAGAUAGCCCUGGGGCAAACCUAAAAUUCAAUAGUAUUCUGGAAUCUGACUGGCCACAAUGGAAUACAAUUUACACUGACGCUUCAAAAUCCUCUCCCGAUAGUUCUGUAGGAUCAGCUGUAUGGAUUCCCAAAUUUAAAAUUAUUUUAAGCUUUAAAUGCCCCCCUUCGACCUCUAUUUUUACAGGAGAAGCGAUUGCGCUAUUGGAAGCUAUCUCUUUUGUUGAAUCACACAAACUAAACCAAACUCUAAUAUUUUCCGACUCCUUAAGUUGUCUAACAGAUAUUCUAAAAACGCCUUUCCGAGCCCGUGAUAAUUCUAGCGUCACUCUUAAAAUCAAACAACUUCUAUACAAAUGCCACUGCUCUGACAUUGAAGUUAUCUUAGCGUGGAUUCCUAGCCAUACGGGUAUCAGUGGUAAUGAAACAGUGGACUCAUGUGCAAAGGUCGCCGUCCAUUCUGGUUGCGACACUUAUAAAUUUAGCCUCCCUCGUGAUUUACGCAUCUCUGCUAAAUCAUCUAUGUUAUUUAAUUGGAAUAACACUUGGCAAAGAUCUAACCAAUCUAAGGGUAAGUACUAUGGAUCGAUUCAACCUUCCCUUCCCUCUAAACCUUGGUAUUUAAAACAUGGACAAAUUAGUAAAUCUACAAUAUCUGUAAUAUGUCGCCUACGACUGGGCUUCAUUGCUACCCCUGUUUUUCUUGCCAAAAUCCGCAUUCGUAAUCAUUCCCUGUGUGAAUGCGGCUUGGAAGAGGGCUCUUUAGAACACAUAUUUUUCAAUUGCCCGAAACUCAAGGUUCAUUUAUACGACCUGCUCCCUACCAACAUUCCUAGACCCAUUAAUAUUCCAUUCUUACUAACUAUGGUUCACACUCCCUUGAGUCGCAACCGUCAUCAUCAACCGGUCAUUUGUCAAAUAGAUCUAUACUCCGUCUAUCUCUCUGUUCUUUGCUACUUAAUCUUUUAAUCUUCCUUUUUUCGUUUUCAAUUACCUUCAACCUUGACGUUGGCGAAAUCAUCGAAAUUAAACGAUGGGGUCCACUAGCAACU